UCUGUGCUCAUCAGUCAGUUAGUCUUACGGACGCGCGAUUCACGUUUGACGUUUAGUUUCGGAUGUGUAGUUCGACCGAAUUCGUCGAUGGUCGUAUGUUUGAUGGUGGUACUUGACGAAAGAACUCGAAUUCGUAUGCGGUUGGCUGGUGUCUCGUGGUGUGACGCUUUCUGGUAAGAUUGUAGUGGCACGUUUCGCUAUGACGCAAGUGCUUUGGCCGCAAGAGGCGCAGUGACGACUCGCCCGUGAGCCUGCCGACAUCCUCGACAGCCCUACGAUGGAGUCGAUCAGAAAAUGGUUCUACAGGCCUAAGAGGGACGACACGAGCUUGCUCGCUCAGUUUUUCUACGCGGACGAGUCUUUGAACGCGGUCGCUUGCGAGUUGGACUCGUUCGAUGGUCGUCAGGAGCCAGAAAGAUGCACCACGUUGGUCAACCAGCUGCGCCACUGUCAGGACAAAGUGUUAACGAUAUGCAGUCAAAUAAUGGACGAUCUGAUUCCGGAGAGCAGGGCGAACCGAGACUUCAGGGUGAAAUUUCCUGACGACGUGAUGCAGGAGAAUCUCGCUGGACAGCUGUGGUUCGGAGCUGAAUGCUUGGCAGCUGGGUCCUCGAUCAUGAACAGGGAGGCUGAAAGUUCAGCCAUGAGACCGCUGGCAAGGGCUUUGACUAAGUCGUUGGAUAUCGUCAGGAAUUUGCUCAGAGAGCACGCGUUAAAAGGUCACAUGAACCUGAAGUACCUUUUUCAGACGCAAUACCCGUUGGACCCAUCCCUGGAGAAGCUGAUCGAGUCGUUAAAGAUCUUCGACCGGUUGUUCGCUGAUUUCGAGCUGUGCUAUGUGGGCGCCAUGGUGCCAGUGAAAUCGACGAAGGAGUACGAGCAGCAGGAGCUCGUUUGCGUUUUAUUUUCGGAGACUCUGCAAAGAGCUCUCGAACGUGGAUUGCUCAGCCAGGCCGAUGUAGAUAAUUACGAGCCGGCUCUGAUGUUUACUAUUCCUCGUUUGGCGAUUGUUUCUGGCCUCUUGGCUCCGCCUGGAGGCCCUCUGUGCCUCAAUUCCCCCGACAACAUCAGCGAAGUGUUUAGACCUUUUAGGUCGCUUCUCCUAAAAAUAAGAGAACUUCUUUGGACGUUAAACAACCGCGAGCUUUACAUGCUGGAGAAACUGCUGUGCUCAAACGAGGAGCCGCCGGGUCCCAUCACGCAGUCGUCAAAGUCGUCCGCGUGCCAGGACAUUCCCGACCUGGAGGAGUUCGUCCACAAUUUUUAUACCGGUUAUCCGAACUGUAAAGACUUCAUCGUAGAUUUUUACACAGUGACGAGAAACACGGGGAACAAUAUGGACGAGGUGGCGGACGACGUGGUUCAAAUCUUAGAGGAAGAAAGCCGUUUGACAGAAGGGAAUAGCGAUCAGGAGGUGGAGGACCGGGGAACAAUGAUAGAAACCGGGCCUAAUCGCUUAAACAUAUCCGUGAACGGAUACGAAGAGGCUGUGAGGUGUAACGGUAACACGAGGACAUCCAGUGAACGAGAAAGUGUUGGUGACGAAGUGCAGUAUCAUAUUAAAAAGCCAGCUAGCUCUUCGAACAGCAGUAGAUACUUAUCUUGCGACGAUAGUCCUUGCUCCAGAAGAAUAGAAUGUCCCGCGAGUCCUGUUUCAAUGGUAGAUUCGAUGGUGGAGCAGGUUGUUCCAGAAGAUAGUGUUUCGAGCGUAAACGAAAAUAGAUGCGGCGAACAAUUACACAAACAGCAAGACGAAUUUAUCACCUCGGAUAUCACCGAGAUUUUAGGCAGCUCUGAUCAUCACAUCGAAAUCCCUCAAACGCAGUACCUGCUGAACCAAGUGUCGCACGAGAACAACGUGACUGGUGAGACGGUACACAUUCAAAACUCUUUGCCUGACUUGGAUUCGAAGAAGCUGAUAUCCGAGGCGAAUAAAACGUUAUCGAAUUUGUUGCUGGAUGGAGAGUGUCAGAACGAGAUCUCCGAGCAGACUGACUCGGGAAUUUGUACGGUGAUUUCGUCAGAGAAUACCAGUUUGUACGAUAAAAGUCCCGAAGAGAAGAAGACUUUCGCCAACGAGAUCCAAGAGGACGAGCACGGAUUAGAUGACGAAGAUACGCAAGAGAAUACCAGUUAUUCUUGUUCCAAUUUGAAUUCACCGAAGAGAAAGAGCUCCACGAUAUCGGAUAACUCGUGCGUCUGUAGUCUAAGAAGCGUGAAGACAGUCGCGUCGUUGGACCACUCGAUCGAGGUGCACAAUCUGCACGCGGCCAACACAGAGGCUGUGAAAAACAUUCCACGAAUAUCGUCGAACUUCGAUGGGACGAACGAAGAGUUCGUUGGAGUCGCGUACGGCAACGGGCAGAUUUCCGUCUGCGACUCGAACCAGUCUAGCUUUCAGAUCAAUUAUUCAGAAAAUUGGGAAAAUCUGAAUUUAAGCAUUGACGCGUCUACUUCAAGGAAAGAAUUCUGGAGCGACCUGAAAUGUGAAAACUGCCCGUCCACGUCGCAGAAUAUUGAGAAGAUCGGCUCGAAGAUCGAGCAGUAUACCCAGGAUAAGAUGACAACGUCGAAGAAAAUGAAGGACGAGAAGCAGAAGAGACGGCAUCAACGUAAACACGAACGGAACGGGCAAAGACUUCAUCACGGGAUACAGGAGAGCAGGAUGCAGAACUUCCAAAACGUACGCUCGUCAGCGAGCACGGAGAGCUCCAGAUCAAACUCGACGGAUCGUUGUUUGAAUCCUAGGCUGAUCAGUUACGGAGCAAGUCUGCAUCCCAGCCAGAACACCAGGCAGAUGCCUAAUUUUGGAAGCAGCCCUCACGCUAGUCCGCGAUUGCAGCACUUCGAAACUCGCAGCACGCCUGGAUCAGGCCAGAGGACUUCUAGUAUCGCUUCCAGAGCUCAGAGAAACUCGUCUCCGCAAAAUAGAAAGCUUCUCGACCAUAGGAGAUCUAGGUCAGAGCAAAUUAUCAGAAUGAAGAGGAGAGACUUUGAAAAGAGAGACAAGUACGAACGAGCUAAUCCCAGGUCGGAGCAGACCAAGAGAAAAUUAGGAAAUAGAAGUCCUAAUGAACUGAUGAACGAUGGUUUGGGACCAAGAACGGAUAAAAGCGGCCUGGCUAACGAGAUAAUCUCGCCGGUCACGAUGCAGACCGUGUCGUAUGGAAUACAAAAAGACAAUAACACGCAGAGAGCCACGCGAGCUGUGAGGUUGGUGAACGCAUCCACAGUUCAAGGGACGCAGUCGGUCAGUUCGGAUCAUAUCCUGGUUCAUAAGCCGGAUGUUGGGUCCAGUUCGAGCUGCUCGAGUUGCUGUGACUCAAGCUCGGAAACCAGCGAGUUUCAGAGCGAUUGUCAGGACGACGAGGAGAUAGCCUUGGCUAUGCAGGCCGCUGAGAUUGCGAACAAUUACAAGAUUCGAGCGAAAUUUCGGUCAUCCGAGGAUCUCGUUCAUCGUUUAUUCGUUUGUAUAGCCGGUGUGGCAGAUCAAUUGCAGACCAAUUUCGCAUCGGAUCUGCGCAAUAUUUUGAAGUGUGUGUUCCUGAUGAACAGUAGUCAAACCGUAGAAGACGGUGAGAUAAAGGAUGAAAGUUCAGUAUCUGAAAAUCAUGUGACAAGUCCGUUGAAUGAUACGGUUACAAAUCAUGAUCGACAGGAUUUAUUACAAGAAUACGAGGACGAUUUGGAAGAGACUGCCAUCACCACCGAUCAUAAUACGUCGACCAUAACCGAGCGUGGCGAGGAGUGUGUGGAGAGGGCACCAGCUUGGAUACCGGACAACGACGCGCCUCGUUGUAUGGCGUGUCAAGCAGGGUUCACGGUGGUGAGACGCAGACACCAUUGCAGAAAUUGUGGCAAGGUGUUCUGCGGUCGUUGCAGCAGUAACAACGUUCCCCUGCCCCGUUAUGGGCACACGAAGCCUGUCAGGGUAUGCAACAGGUGUUUUCUGUAUCAGGUGACGCCGUUCACGGUGUCCCCAGUGACGCCAGCGAGCUGAGCUUUGGAACAACGAGGUGUGUGACGAGGGUGAAUGAUAGAAAAUGAAUCGUUUACUUGGUAUUUUAAAAUGUUAGGCCCGUUGUCGCGCGCCCGCGGAUCGUUGCAUCCGUUUCCUUUUCUUCUAACUAUUAUAUAACGAUCGAAAAUAGGUAUCUUUCGAGGUUUGCCUCUCUAAAGCCCGCUCUAUACGUUGAAACAUGUCGUUAUGCAUGAAAUUUUUCAUGAAAUUUUUAUCAGUUUCAGUUUACCUUUGCGAUCUUCUUGCACGUGAUACGUUGAAUUUGCGACGUGAUACGUUGAAUCAUGUGGUUCAAGGUGUCUGGUUAGUUUCCAACUCCAGUAUUAUUCUCAUUAGUAAGAAGUACGUUGACCGUAAGAAAUAAAAAAUUAAAGAAGAUUUCUUUUGGAAGAAAAUUUAUUUCUUGCAAAAGUAUGUUCGGAAUCCUGAUUUCUGCAUCGAUACAAGUUCAUUUUGAUACCGAUUCGCCAAUACAGAUCUACGUAUAUCGUAAGAUAUAUCGCGAAACGUAGAUGUGGAUAUCCAUAUAUAUGCGUCGCAACGCGUUUCAAAAUUUCAACGUAUAGAGCCUCCUUCAGGAUAAAUGUUACAAACACGGAGUAUGUUAACAAAUGUUUUGGUCGAUGGUGUGUACUUUCGAUUUUCAUUUGGUUUGGUAUAUUUGGAGAAUGAAGAAAAUUCAUGGUAAUAUUUGUGUUCUUUUUUUUUUUAUUUGAGAAUAAAAAUUAAGCGAACAUAAAUCGGGAAUGUUCUUCGUUGAAAGUUAAUCGGAGAGAAUCGAUGAAGAUCGAAGGAACGUUGACAUUACUUAGUCGUUUUUUGCGCUAUUUGUAUACUUACGUGCACUUAAAACCGUACAGUUAGAGUAUAUGUAUAUCGGCGCCCAUCGCUAAUAUUUUUACACGAUGUGAUCGGACGAUUCUAAAGGAGCUAAUUUCCAAAAGCAGUUGUACCAUACUUUAAUCUUACUUGCGCGUAUAGGUGAUAAGGAAGUAUUCAGAAACGAACGAAAGAAACAAAAAAAAAAAAAAAAAGGAGAAAAGAUAAGAAAGGAGAUUCGCAAUUCUUGCUUUUAAUUUAGGACACGUGCAAUUAUAUCACACAGAGUAUUCCCUGUAUUUCGUCUCUGUUCCCUUUUUAUUUUUCCUUUAUCUUCGUCCGCGUUCCGUUUUGAAUUUUAUCUUCUUCCACUACGAGUGUUCACUUAAUAAUAACGGAUAAUAUAUAUAAAUACGCAAUCGAACAUCUCGUUUCAUCGUGUCAUACUUUACCCGCACGAGAAUCGUUAGUUUUAUAUUUUAUCAGAGAAUUCGUUGUAGAAUGUUCGAUAUAACUUCAAACACGAGAGCAAAAAAUGUGAGGACAUAUGUGAAAUAUUGUCCAACAAUAUCAUUAUUUUACAUUUUUCUAAAUUUAUAAAUCUGUUAUAUUGUAAAAUAUUGAUUUUAUCGUGAAUGUACUGUAUAUAGUAUUAUUGAACGAGUAAUAAUAUUUUAUAAACAUUGCCAGUUAAUAUCCUUUAAAAUAUUUAGUUGUAGUAGAAUAGUUGUUAAUAAUUAUUUAAAUAUUCAUAACGCAUAUGAAUGAUCUACACAAAUAUUUCUUUAUGAGAAGUUAUAUCUACAUUUUAUAACACAUUUGUAUAAGUAUAGUGCAAUUCGUAUUCUUGAUUAGAUCGGACUAAAUCGGUUUGUAAAAGGGGGAAGAUUAUUGUCAGAGUCAUCUAUAGACUAUACUGGAUGCGACGAGUUUUAUGGUACAAGCGAGAACAGAGUGAUUCAUAGUGUAAGAAUUUGUUGAAAUUUUGAAAUAAACUUUGUUACAAGA